CUGAUUAUCAGAUAUUUGCAUGCAUAUGUUAGGUACUUUGUAACAUUGAUACAUUUAUCAUAAACCAAACAACACUGUCGAUACAAAGGGGCCUCUAUUUCAUAAGGAGGAAGGAAAUGAAAUUUGACAACACUGAGCCAAGUUUAAUGAAUUGCUUUCGCGAAAAAUUAAAACCGUCUCAGUUGGUUUUGUUUUCUAUUCUUCAUCAUUCUCUGUCUCGAUUUUCUUGUGAAAAUGAUUGCUAAUAAUGAUGGUAUACAAUGUUUUUUAAUUUGCUUAUUUUUAUUUCAUCUCAAUCCAAACUGCAAAGUCUUGUGCGAUGGAGCAAAGGAGCUGAAAAGUACCACCAAAUUUUGUGAUGUGCCCACCGUAUUACCCCACACAAAUAAUAUUACAUACCAAUGUACCAAAUACAUCAAGAAUCAAUCAAAAUCUUGUGUUUAUAAUGCAACAGUUUUCGAAUCGACAGCGAUUAAAAUCUCGUGCGAUGCUGGUUAUUCUACAGAUGCAACGGUAUCAUUUUGCAGUGGCAAUCAAUGGGUUCCUCCCAUAACAGGAUGCAGUAAAAAGUGUAAAAAGCUGAAUCCUGUAAACGUUCACUUGGAAUGCUUUCGUAAAAAUAUUUCCAUCCCUUGCGAUGAAAAAUAUCUAGUUUCUGGAGUGACAGUGCGUCCAACAUGCGACCAUCUUAACUCGUCAGGAUUUCAGUUUUACCCUGGUCAUCAAGAAAUACACUGCCAAGUAGAUGGGAACUGGGAUAAUGAUUUGCUUUCCUGUGUUCAAGAUUGUGGUCGAUUACAAAAAAACUCGAGCGAUUCAGAAACCCCGAACAUGCCGUGGAAUGUCAUGAUUUACCAUCAUAAGGGAAAAACUAAAUGUUUCGGCACUAUCAUAAGUCCCAGAGUAAUUCUAACUACUGAAUAUUGCGUGCGCAACAUCAUGUCUGAUUACGACGACUAUAGUUCUAUGAACCGUCCCUUGGAUCCCACAGGUUACAAUGUAGGUCUUUUCGGUGAUUCGGCCCCAAAUUCAUCAGGGUGGAGCCGUCUGAAGUAUUAUGCAUACAAACUGGGCCCUUGUAAACGUAUAUGUAAACACCAACGUUUUACACCACUGAUGGUCAAAGAAUUUCGUUAUUACAAGGAAGGAAAACAAGACAAAUUCUUCUUUCAUGAUGUAUUAAUAGUAAUCAUGGAAAAAGAAAUCAAUUUCGACUCGCAAGUUUCUCCAGCAUGUGUUCAGUGGGAAAACCCUAACAGACUAAAUAUUACUACUGGAAUAGCGAAGGUACAACAAUGGAAUGAUAACGCAGAAAAAUACGGUUACGAAGAUUAUUCUUUCUGGAGCCAUGACGCAUGCCAAGAAAACCCAAAUUACCCUCACUUAGUGUACAACUGGGCAUGUCUCAUGCAUGGUUUUGAUAAUGCAAACAGACACCGCAAUGAUACUAAACGUUUCAGGGAAAGUAAUCAAACUGCUUUCCAUGCAGGGAAAUUGUUUUGUAUGGAGCAGAAGCUAGACCAACUGAAUCAUUCUAUGAUUGUACAUGGAAGUGGGGUUAUGAUUGAAAAAGAUGAUCGCUAUUUUAUUCGAGGAAUUGCAGGAGAAGUAUUCCGCAGAGACACAUCGAAUAAUGAUGCUCAUUUCAAAUACUUCAUGAAUGUAGCUCAUUACCUCGCAAACACUUCAUAUGAAGAUUUUUCAAAAAAUAUUUCUGAUGCAGUCAUUAAUGGGUCAUCUGAUACUGAAUUUGUUGAUUUAUCUGUCUUUUUAUUCAAUUAUAAUUUUUCAAGUCUUCUACAAAAUCAUCUUAAAUCAGUUGGAAGUGAGUUGCCGAAUUACGAAAAAAGGCUAGUUGGCGUUACAGAUGUAGCUGACUAUGUAGAUUGGAUCAAACAUGUUGUAGCUGAAGUUGACCCAUAUUAUAAUCUUAGCACAUAGAGAGCGAAUGUUUUUUAAAACUUGUUCAGAUUUUUCACCAAAUAUCACUUCCUUAAUUUGUUUCUCACAUCAGUAGAGUCAAGUACCUAGGUAUCUACUCCUGUUGUAGAAAUGGCUCCGGCGAAUGUGAAAAAGUAUUGUAAUACAAAAAAAUCUGUAGAUAUUCGCUUCA